UCAGUUAUCUUUGAUAACAUAAAAAUUAAAUUAGAAAAAAUAAUCAGAUGCAUGGAUGUAAAAGAAACUACAACUCUAAUAAAAUAUCAGAAACUACUUAUCUGAAAUAACGUAUAAGUAGAGAAUGAGGAAGGACGUGGUGGUGUUGGCAGCAGUGACGACGGUUUCCACCGUCGUAGCGGCGGCGCUGUUGGUGAGGCAAUGGAAGAGGCGAAGCGAGCAACGGUGGAGGCAUGCACAGCGCAUUCUUCGAAAAUUUGCAAGAGAAUGUGCGACCCCUGUUCCUAAGUUAUGGCAAAUUGCUGAUGAUCUUGUGACUGAGAUGCAAUCGGGUCUAACUUCAAGUGAAUCCAGCCUCCAAAUGCUUCCUUCUUGCUUAGCUUCACUACCCACAGGAGAUGAGAAAGGUCUAUACUACGGGAUUAAUCUUCGCGGAACUAACUUCAUCAUCGUGCAAGCACGUCUUGGAGGAAGAAAUGAACCACCCGUUUCACGUCUUGCUGGAAGAAAUGAACCCAUUUCGGAUCUAUAUAGGCAAGAAAUUCAAAUUCCUCCCAACAUAAUAGAGGGCAGCUCCCAG